AUGUGCUCAUGUGACUUUGAUGUGAUUGUGUUGACGGAAACAUGGCUGAAAGAAGAUGUUGCCUCUAGUGAAUACUUCAAUUCUAACUAUCAAAUCUAUCGAGUAAAUAGUACUGGCAGAGGUCGUGGUAUAAUUAUAGCCGUUAAAAGUGAAUAUCAAUCUAGAAAUAUGCAGCUCUUAUCGCCAGUAUUAAAUGCUGACCUUCUUGGUGUAAAAGUUAUGACAGCGUCAUUUACGUUAUACAUUAUUGCAGUAUAUAUAACACCUGCUGCAAAUGUUGACAUUUACCACGAGUUAUUUGGGUAUAUAGAGAGUCAGUGUACAUUAGAUAAAAAUGUCAUUAUUAUUGGUGAUUUUAACAUACCACAGUAUGUAGAGCACUUUAUACAUAAUGAUAACAUGUCCGGUUCGUCUUUGCCUUUAUAUGACUUCAUAAGUUUCAACAAUCUUACUCAACAUAAUAAGAUUCUUAAUAGAAAUAAUCGUCUCUUAGACUUAGUUUUAUCGUCUAGUGAUAUCUCUUGUCAAAUUAGCAGCUGUGACAGCCCAUUAGUUAAGGAAGAUAACCACCAUCCGUCGUUGAUCGUAAAUACUGAGAAAACUCCUGAUAUUAGUGUCCGAAAAUUCAGUCCAAAAUGUGCAAGUUUUAAAUAUAAUUUUCGUAAGGCAAAUUUUGUUCACUUAUAUGAUUCUUUACUCUGUACUGAUUGGACGCCGGUGUUUGUCUCUGGAUCGGUUAAUCAAGCAUGUCAGUUAUUUUAUAACAUUUUAUAUCAAAUUUUUGAUUGCUGUGUUCCAAAAACGCUUAUAAGGGGAUCUAGAUAUCCAGUCUGGUACACCAAAGAGUUGAUCUCAAUGAUUAAACACAAGUCUGCUUUAUGGAGAAAGUACAAAAGGUAUAAACUGGAUAUGUAUCUUGACCAAAUCCGCCAGUUACGAAAGCAAAUUAAAUAUGAAAUUCGGAGCGAGUACAAAAAAUUUAUCAAAUCUGCUGAGGAUAACUUGCGAGCUGAUCCAUCCAAACUUUGGUCUUUCAUAGAUAUGAAAAAAAAUAGUUCCAGGAUUCCAGGCAAUAUGAAGUACAAAGAAUCUGAACUGAACACGGCUCAAGACAUAGUUGAGGCUUUUGCAUCCUACUUCAGUAGUGUUUUUGAGAAUGGCCACUCUAAUACUACAACGAUCUGUGAUAGUGUUGGUGAUAAAAUGGAGAUGAAAUACAGAUUAGGUUGUAAAUGUUGUGUUGCACCCAGUUGUGAUAAUGUAAAUAUUCUUCAUAAAUUUCAUCUGACUCCUGAAGAUAUCGUAAAGAAUGUGAAAAAAUUAAAAAAUAAAUGCACAGCUGGUCCUGAUGAAGUACCAUCAUUUCUCGUCAAAGAUUGCAUUCAGGUUUUAAGUCAUCCUCUUUGUUAUAUCUUUAAUUUAAUAUUAAGUUUAGUACUGCAGUCUUUCUGGAUGUCUGGAAAACUGCGAAAGCCGAUAGCGAUCUUGUCAAACUUCGGAAAAAUUUUUGAAUCUAUCUUAGCAGAGCAUUUGUAUAAUCAUAUUGAGCCUUCUAUCAAUGAAAAUCAACAUGGUUUUGUGCGAAAAAAAUCUACUGUAACGAAUCUUCUUGAAUUUACACAAUAUGUACUUAAUGAAUUUGAUAGCUUCCAUCAAGUAGACGUAGUAUACACAGACCUUUCUAAAGCUUUUGACAUAGUUGAUCAUAAAAUUCUUUUGCACAGAUUGUCUGAGUUUGACUUGAAUAUGCCAGUGUGGUAUGGUCACCAUUUUAUUUUGUCCAUGUACAGUCUCUUGAGCGUAUCCAAAUUAAAUACUGCAAGUACUUGUAGAAAGUGGAGCCUAUCCUCCGAAACAUUUUGA